AGAUGAAAAUUAAGUUAUUAAGUUAUUUUCUUAUUUAUUUAAUUUCAACUUCAUUUCUUCUUAACAGCUUAAAUGGAUUUGAAGAAGAAGAUUUAUGUACUGACAGAAGUUGUUUCCCCGCAACAGGAAAUUUAUUAAUAGGUCGAAAACAUCAACUUUCUGCCACAUCUACUUGUGGUCUUCAUAGACCUGGGCGUUACUGUAUUGUCUCUCAUUUGGAAAACCCUGAAAAAUGUUUUAAAUGUGAUUCAAGGCAACCUUGGUCCUAUGAACAACCUGGAAAUGUAAGCCACCGAAUUGAGAAUGUAGUUAAAGAAAAUUAUGGGGACAGAACUCAAAAUUGGUGGCAAUCAGAGAAUGGGGUUCAGAAUGUUUCGAUUCGGUUGGAUUUGGAGGCAGAAUUUCACUUUACUCAUUUAAUUAUGGUUUUUCGUUCAUUCCGCCCGGCAGCUAUGUUUAUUGAACGAUCCAAAGAUUUUGGAAAAACUUGUGUAAAAGAGGGCCCACCACGUAAUCACAAAGAUGUAAUUUGCACCAAAAAAUACAGCGAUGUUGCUCCUUCUACUGGAGGAGAGUUAGUGUACAAAGUAGUUUCUCCACAUAUCCGAACAGAAGAUCCUUAUGCGCCUGAUAUUGCAGAACUUCUUAAAAUUACAAAUUUAAGAAUUAAUUUUACAAGAUUACAUUCUCUUGGAGAUAAUUUAUUAGAUUAUAGACCUGAAAUUGAUGAAAAAUAUUGGUAUGCUGUUUAUGAAAUAGUUGUAAGAGGAUCUUGCUCCUGUUAUGGACAUGCUCAACGUUGUGUUCCUGUUGGAGAUGAGACUAUACUUACUGCAAAAUUGCCAGAUAUGGUGCAUGGAAAAUGUGAAUGUACUCAUAACACGAAAGGAAUGAAUUGUGAUGACUGCGAAGACUUUUACAACGAUUCCCCAUGGAGACCAGGCAUUGGAGACCAAUCGAAUGAAUGUAAAAGAUGUGAAUGUAAUGAUCAUGCUACUCGUUGCCAUUUUGAUUGGGCAGUCUAUAAUGCUUCUGGAUUUUCUUCUGGAGGUGUUUGUGAUGAUUGUCAACAUAACACAAUGGGGAAGAAUUGCGAGCAAUGCAAACCUAAUUUUUAUCGAGAUCCUCAAAGAUCCAUUCGAGAUCCAUAUGUCUGCAGACCAUGCCAAUGUGAUCGCAGUGGUUCUAAAUACGAUGGAAUUUGUGAGACUGAAGAAGAUCCCGAACGUGGACUGGUUGCAGGGAAAUGUUAUUGCAAAAGCAACGUUGAUGGGCCAAAUUGUGAUCGUUGUAAAAAUGGAUUUUGGGAAAUGAGAAAAGAAGAUCCCGAUGGCUGUCGGCCAUGUUCUUGCAAUCUAAUCGGUACUUAUGGGAACGAAGGUUGUGACAAAGUGACAGGAAAGUGUACUUGUAAAGCUCUUGUAAUGGGAGAACAAUGUGAUCAUUGUCUUCAAGAACAUUAUGGACUAAGUGUUGAUGAUCCUAAUGGAUGCAAGCCUUGUGAUUGCGAUCCUGGGGGCGCCUAUGACAAUCACUGCGAUAGUGCUGAGGGUAUGUGCCGUUGCCGGCCAAAUUAUAGUGGGAGACGCUGUAAUACAACGGAAAGUGGAUAUUUCUGUCCAUUUAUUGAUAAAUAUACUUUUGAAGCUGAAUUCAGCAUUUUACCAUCAAAUGCUGAGCAAGUUCCAAGAGAAUAUUCAGUAGAUCGUCCAUGGACUUGGACUGGGGAAGGAUUUGUUCGAGUCCAUGAAAAUACAAAUCUCAGCUUUUUUGUGGAAGGAUUGCAAAAGACUGGGCAUUAUAAUUUUGUUAUACGUUAUGAAUUACUUGACCCUAAUGAUCCUAUUGGUUGGGAAGAUGUUAGCCUAACAAUUGUUCGUCCAGGCGAUCCCAGUCCUGAUGGAGUUUGUGCAAAUAUUAUUCCAUCAGAUGAUUUUCUAAUUGCUCGACUUCCCAGUAGAAGUAAAUUCACAGAAAUAAUGCCUGCCGUCUGUCUAGAAGCUGGUGUUCGCUAUGAAAUUCGUCUUAAUUUUGGCGAAAAACGAUCUGGAUAUCCUGAUAGACAGGCACAAGCUCUUAUUGACUCUCUUGUAAUUGCACCUCAAACUGAUACUUUAGAAUUAUUUAGAGGAUCAGAAAUGAAUGAAUAUAGAAAACAAAUUUAUGAUCGGUUUCAAUGCCGUGCUUUAUCUCUCUCUGGCACACCAGCCUCUCAAAUGCCACUUCCCUGUCUUGACCUUGUUUGCCCAAUGAAUGGUCCAAUUGUUGGGGAAGCUGUUAGUUGUGAUUGUGAUUUAACUGGGUCUACAUCUGGUAUUUGUAAUGCUAAAGGUGGUCAAUGUGAAUGUAAACCUAAUGUUGUUGGGAGACGGUUCGGAUUGGAAAAUGGGAAAAAUGUAUUUUUAAUAUUCUUUAGUUGUGACCGUUGUGCUGCAGGUACUUAUGGAUUUGGUCCUUCUGGCUGUACUCCUUGUAAUUGUGACUCGGUCGGUGCACUUUCAAAUGCAUGUGACAAACAAUCUGGACAAUGUGUGUGCCGUGAGCGAGGCAUUACCGGACGUCAAUGUGACCAAUGCCAACCAGGAUUUUGGUAUCGAAAAUCUUCAACUGAAUUAAUCACCUUUAUUCUCAGGAAUUUCCCAGAAUGCCGAACAUGUCAGUGCAACGGACAUGCUUCAAUAUGUGAGCAACGCACCGGUGCUUGUAUGGAUUGUCGUAACCUUACUGACGGAGCACAUUGUGAGCGUUGUGUGGAUGGAUAUUAUGGAGAUCCUAGACUGGGUGUUGGCAUUCCUUGCAAACCUUGUCCAUGUCCUGGAGGCCCCGGCUCUGGAUAUCAACAUGCUGAUACUUGUUAUAUUGCACCACAGAAUCAAUCAGUUGUCUGUAACUGCAAACAUGGCUAUAUUGGCCAAUAUUGCGACCAAUGUCAGGUCAACUUUUGGGGAAAUCCACGAGAAAUUGCAGGAUCUUGUGAAAAAUGUCAUUGCCACGAUAAUAUAGAUUUUAAUGUUCCAAAUAGCUGUGAUCCAAUGACUGGGGACUGUCUCAAAUGUCUUCACAAUACUGGAGGUGAUCAAUGCCAACACUGUCUUGAGGGAUUCUUUGGAGAUGCUCGGAGCCGUACUUGUGUCCGUUGUGUUUGCAAUCAUUUAGGGACUAAUUCAAGUGCCGGGUCAUGUGACCGUGUUACUGGACAGUGCCCUUGCUUCCCUAAUGUUGUUGGGCUUCAAUGUGAUCAAUGCGCACCUUUACAUUAUGAUUUGGCUAGUGGACGAGGUUGUUCCGCAUGCAAUUGCGACACUAAUGGUGUGAUCGUUGAUUCUAACACACAAGAACCAUUUUUAAAAUGUAACGAUAUCGAUGGCCAAUGCCAUUGCAAGCCUGGGCGUGGUGGAAGGACGUGCUCUGAUUGUCAAGAUUUAUACUGGGGUGAUCCUGUUCAUGGUGAAUGCCAGCGAUGUGAAUGUGAUCCCUACGGCUCUACAACACUUCAAUGCCAUAGACAAAACGGAACUUGUAUUUGCAAGCCAGGGAGUGGUGGGCCAAAAUGUAAUGAAUGUGCUAGAGGUUAUACCGGUCAAUGGCCACAUUGCCAAGCUUGUGGUGAAUGCUUUGACAAUUGGGAUUCUAUUUUACAAGGAUUACGAGUUGAUUUGGAAAGGCUUGUGGAGAGGGCUUUGAAUAUUGAAGAUACUGGUAUAUCUUCCGAAUAUGAUGAAAGUUUUAUCCAAAUGGAGAAACAAAUAGAAGAAGUAAAACGUCAACUUGAAGUUGUUAACAUAACAAAGGAAGAUUUGGACAAUCUUCGGCAACAAAUGCAAACUUUACAAAAACAAAUUGAUUCAACCAGAGAUUUAUUAAGUGAAAAAAAUCAAAGAGUAACUAAAGUUAGCACUGAAGUUAAUUUAAUGGAAGAAGAUAUUCGCGUAUUAAAUGAAAGUACUAGACAAAUAACUCAAUUGGCGGAUAAUUUAACUGCUAAAGCUGAAAUUAUUAGAAGGGGGGAUACAAAGGGAGCUUCAGAAAUACUUGAAGAAAGCAGUCGAAGUUCAGCUGAUGCAGAAAGGCGUAUUGGACAACAAUUAGAAAUUAUUAGCCAAUCAGAAACUGAUCGCCUAAAAGCUGAGCAAUUAUUGAAUGAACAUAAACGGGACUUUGAUAGACAAUAUGAUGAAAACAAAGCUAGAUUAUCUGAAAUUAGCCAGACGAUAACAACAAUCGGUUCUUCAUUAUCCUCACUCAAUUUGGAAGUUUGUGGUGCCGAAACAGCCCCUUGUGAUCCCAUUUGUGGUGGGCCUGGGCCAAAAUGUUCUCAAUGUGGAGGUGGUAGUUCUUGUCCGGGAUCUGUAUCUAAAGCUGCACAGGCACAGGAAUUUGCAAACGAAGCAAAGGAAAAAGUUCAGGCAAAAAGGAAAGAUGCUGAGGAGAUAUUAAAAAAUAUACGAGAAAUUCUUCCCAAAACACAAGAAGCACGACAACUAACUGAGAAAGCUUUGGAUAAGGCAAAACAAGAGGUACUAGUAUUUAGUUACUGAUUAAUCUAGAUGAAAUACAUUUGUAGCAGGGGAGUGCCGAAACACAUUUUAAAAAGCGAAACGCGAAUUCCUAAGUUAGUACCUCGCUUUCAAAUCAUUUUCUUAGAAUAGAAGUCGAAUUUUAGUGGAUUUUCGUUUUGGGAUUUGGGUGGAUUAAGAGGGGCAUCAAAGUAUUUGGGUAAUUUUCGAGGGAUAUGGAGGAUUUGAGUGAUGGUG